UGUUUUUGCCAACGCAAGAGCUGCUCUUGGGCAAUGUCCUGUCAUGUGGCUUCCUUCAGGGAGCAGCCCGGGGGUCUGGAGCUGGGGCGCCGAACACAGAGGAGCCCUUGGAAGCUCGCUGAGCCCCAGCCCAGAACAGUGGGGAGUGUCCAAGAAAAUGCAGCCCGGUGAUUCCAGGCAGGUCCUGAAGGGGGCGCUGCUCUGCUCCCUGCUCGCAGCUCUGCUGCUCCAAGUGGCCAUCGGGCUGGAGUGCUACAGCUACAGGGGCGCCUUCACGGGCAGCUUCUCCCUGGACAAGGUGCCCAAGGUUAUCUGCGGGCCAGCGCAGAACGUCUGUGCCGAGGGGCUGAUCGCCCUGAGCAUUGGGGGCCCGCGGAUGCUGGUGGUGAUGAAGAAGGGCUGCCACACGGCACCAUCUCGGGACCUCUCUGGCAUCAGCCACGGGCCGUAUCUCCCCAACUACUAUCACGUCCGCUCCUGCAACGUCAGCCGCUGUAACCACCGGUACCGUGACACUAGCCGCAUCCCAGCAUUCCCCAUAGUGCCCCCAGACAACACCUCCAGCAGCCUCCUGUGCUACACCUGCAUUGGGACCACCCCGGAGAGCUGCUCCCUACGCCGUGCCGAGCAGAGCCAGUGCCAUGAUGACAACCCGCUGUGCUACGAAGGGACAGGCACGGCCACCAUCGAGGACUUUGUGGUCCCCAUCUAUCUCCGCUCCUGCCAGGCACAGGGCUGCGCAUCGGUCACGCCGGGAGACCCUUGGCUGAAUAUCCAGCUCGAGAAAACUUCCUGCUGUGCUCAGCCCCUGUGCAACCACGCGCCGGAGCCGGUGCCCACAGCCAGCCCCCGCCCCUCGCGCACAGCCCCCACCCUGGACCACCCCACCAAUGCCAGCCCCUGGCCUGAGCUGUCCCUGCCCGGGCUGCUGCUGGGGGGGCUGGGCCUGAUCUGGGAUCAGGGCAGGGGAUGGAGAUGCCCCCUAUAGAGGACCCCUCCCAGUUCUGGGUGCACUAUAAAGUCUGUCGAGCCAGCCACAGCCUAGUAUCCCAGUCCCCUCAGAUCCCACCGUGCCCAGCUCCCCCCAGGCACCCCAGAGAAUCCCACCCUUUGCCCCCCGCUGCACCGCAGCCCCCAUGGAGAUGCUGCUCCGGGCUCUUUAAUACCUGUCACUCUGUCGCUGUCCCUGCUAGGUGCAGACACGGGGCCCCUGCGUGGCUGGCGACUGCCGCUCCCCCCCCCAAACUCUCCAGCCCGAUCGCGCUUCAUGUGGGGACUGAGGAUUUCUUUGUAAACACGCAGUGGCUGAGCUGGAGACCCCAGAGCUGCCCCAUCCGGCCAGGCCGAGGGUAUUCAGUGGGAACUGAGGGACGGGGGCCCUGGAUCAGCGCCACGGGCCCAUCUACCCGGGGUCCCACCUCCUCCUUGCCCCGGGAUCGGCUCCACGGGCGCGGUGACGGGUUGUACCCCCCAGGGUGCCGUCUGGGAGCUGUUGGAACUGCUGUGCCCCCUUGAUUGUUCGGAGGGGCCGGCUCAGCCCACCUCUCCAGGCCCUGUUAUCCCCCAACACGACAGCAGGUGGCGCCACCCACCCAACUGAGUUACCUGAGUGCUUUACCGAAGCCCCCAAUCUCCUGCUCCCCCACCUGGCACCCCUGCUGGAGCACAGACCCCGAAUGGGCCCGUCUGGCACCGCGCAGGGACCUGGACAGUGCAGGCUCCCCCCUCGGUGUGGGGAAGGGGGGCAAAGAGCCUGCGUUAGCCAAGCGGACACGUCACUCCGAACCCCUCUGGUUCAGAUAAACCCUGUGGAUUAGCUACAAAAGAGCGAACUGAAGUGAUUAUAAGUGACCACAAACAGAUCACGCAGCAAACAAACCAACCACAACCUGGAGGUGAUCCUUGGACUUGUUUAUUUCCUCAAUAAGCCAUCAACAGCGUUUGGCCUGUUUUCUGUUGUACCCGAAAGGCUGCCCGGGGGUGUUCCCACCCUCACGACAUGUCUCAGUUCA